ACUAGGGAGAAAGAAAUCCCCCCCACCCCUACUCCCACCCCCGUUCAACCCCAUCCCUGAGCACAGCUGUUAGGAACCCUUUGCAGGGGAUGGAGAUUUUGGCAACUCAACUGUUAAACCGGUCUCUGAUCACUCAGCCUCCAGAUCACUCUGAUGUCACCACUGUAAUCUGAGCCCUGAGCUUUGUUCACCCUUUAAAUAGCCGACCCGGGACCGAUUUCGCUACAGACUCUCUGGAGAGCCUUGGAGCAGAAUUCCCGAAGAUUCCCACAUCAUCGAUGAAAGCAAAGCCAAGCCACCCAGCCGUCAGCAUGUCCACCUCGCUGCGCGUGAGCCCGUCCAUCCGCGGCUACCACUUCGACACGGCCUCCCGCAAGAAAGCCGUGGGCAACAUCUUUGAAAACAUAGACCAAGAAGCGCUCCAGAGGCUCUUCAAAAACUCGGGGGACAAGAAAGCAGAGGAGAGAGCGAAGAUCAUUUUCGCCAUCGAUCAGGAUCUGGAGGAGAAAACGCGAGCCCUGAUGGCCCUGAAGAAGAGGACGAAAGACAAGCUCUUCCAGUUUCUGAAACUGGAGAAAUAUUCCAUCAAAGUUCACUGAGGACCAGGAGAUGGAUAAGGACCUUAUCCAAGAACGGACGUUUAAAGAGCACCUGAGUCCGCGAGACCCUAAUACACACACAGCAUCUCGCGGUUGCUGCCUUGCAAGUUUCUCUUGCACCAGGACCUGAGGACUCUGAGGCAGGAAAGGAGCAGAUGAACUGGUUACAAAGACUCCGAUCAACUUCACGUCUGUGCUGUGAUAGCCGCUGUGACAGCGGAGACAGAAAUGCUUGCAGCCGGCACUGGAAAAUUCUCCCCCGGGGAAAGGACUGAUGCUCACGUUGGGAGAAAAGUCUGGACAGAUGUAAUUGUAAUGAGAAUUCAAUAUAACAGAAGGCUGGAGAAGAAUUGCAGCCAGGGUCUUAGAGUCAGACCCUAGGACUUAAACUCAACCGGAACUUUUUUUUUUUUUUUUUUUUUUUCCUUUAAGCAAACUGGGUGGUGGGAGGGAGAUGGGAGAGAACGCACAGGAGAGAGACUUUCACAUGGCAAUGGCUUACCGACUUUUUUAUUUGAAUGUUCAAAAUAUUGCCAAGCUUCAGUGUUGUCUAUGGGUCGUUUUUUUAAGAGAUCAGUGAUUGAUCAUUUAUUUGCAUUUAUUACAAUGCCUUAAAAGUGCACCGCAGGGGUGGAGGUACAAAUUUAAGGAACUGUGGUGUUUUCAGCAGCUCCGUGAAACCGUACGCCACCUUCUGGUUAUUAAGGGUUUUUUAUGCAUUUCACAUCGGUUGCACAAGUUAAAUGAUGGGGUCCUUCAUAAAUCCAAAAUACUGUGAAUGAACUUUACAGUUUUUUUUUAAAUCUUCUAACUAAUGCUAAAAUAUAACCUAAAUUUCUCUUAGCUACUGCAGUAAGCAUUAGGAAGUGAAUAUGAUACACUUAAUAGUUUAUAAAUAUGCUACGGUUUCUAUAAUUUAUUAUACAUGACAAAUGAUAUGCAACCUUAAUAAAUUAUUAUAAACGUA